CGCACCCAGUCAGGUAAGAAAACUUUCCCAGUUUCAUUUUUAUCUGUGUGGUUACACAGGUAAGUACUUUAAGGACGCCCCCUGUAAAGUGGUCGAGAGUUUGUGCUCCAGAGAGGUGUGAGGGCUACCGCAGCUAUGGCUGAAUCCCAGCUUAUGUGUAUGGAGGACGGGCAGAUAGGAGUCAAAGUCCCGGAGUCCAAACCGGAGUUCUACUACAGCGAAGAGCAGCGCGCUGCCAUCGAGGAGCUUCUUAAGAAUGGCGACUGCGCCUUCAAGACGCGACUUAAGGAAGACAACGCGAAAGACUUUUUAUCUGCAAGGGAAGUCAAAGUUCUGACGAGCACUUUCAAACAGUAUGACUCUAACGACAGCAGCAGAGAGACGUCUCCAGUCAGUUCGAAGCAGGGAGCCUCUGGAACCGACGCGGACUCAGGGGUUCAUUCCACAUAUUGGCCCCAGAUGUCGGACACUGAGGUCCCGUCGCUGGACAACGGCUGGCCCAGCGGGGCGAUGUUCAGAGGGGUGACUCGGGUGACCGUGCACACACACCCGGCCAAAGACAACGGACCUCACAUCAAGGAGGUGGUACGGCGGCUCAUCCAGGAGGCAAGCAAGGUCAUUGCGAUAGUGAUGGACAUGGUUACAGAUAUCAACAUUCUGCAGGACCUGAUGGAUGCAGCUUGUCGUCGGUCUGUGCCUGUUUACAUUGUGUUGGAUAACCAAGCUGUUCCUCAUUUCCUGGACAUGUGUUCCAGGCUUCAGAUUGGCUUACAACACCUGCGGUACAUCCGAGCAAGAACACUUCUAGGAGUUGGUUUCAAUUUGUCUUUAGGCAAACUCCCUGGUUCGCUUUGUAGUAAAUACAUGCUGGUAGAUGGAGACAAAGUUGUGUUUGGCUCUUACAGUUUCUCUUGGUCCGCAUCUCGUAUGGACCGAAACAUGAUCACUGUAAUGACAGGACAGGUGGUUGACUUCUUCGACAGAGAUUUCCGUGAGUUAUAUGCUAUAUCUGAGAAACUGGACCUCUACAAGGAGUUUCAUAUCAGUCCCCCUGCUUCCAAUGUGACCACCACAAUUCGCUCCAAAUCGGAGCCCAAACGGCCACCGUUACCAGCAACCACAUCCCGUUUUCAGGUGAGUUUAGGAGAUUCUCGGAAUGCUGACAUUAAGGUUCCCGCCCACAAAUACUACAACCCAAAAUACUCACUUGUGUUCGGAGAUGCUCCACGUCCUGCACGAUCUCUGCAAGACAUUGGACCUAAGAGGGAUAUGGCAGAUGUUCCUGAAGAGGAGGGAAGGCCUCGAUUGGCCAGCAGUGUUAAGACAGACCGGCUGAGUCCAUUGCCAUCAGAGGCCCCAAGUGAGAGCUUCAACAUACCAAACAAAGUACAGCAGGGGAAAAAGAGAAGUUUUUUCAAGAUUUUAAAAAAGAGACCUUCAAGUAAGCUUUCUUCUAAAAACACAGCAAGUCCUUCACCCACAGAAACUCAUCCCAACGAUGAAAAUGAAGAGAUGGUUGUGGAAACCCCAACUGAAGGGAGUAGGAAGCUUUCUAAACUAGACAAAAGAACAUUGUCUCAGCAAACUGUCACCACUGCACACGACAGAGAGAGUGUAAAGAAUCAUGGAAAAUCUGGAUGUAUAGUAUCCUAACCUGAACAUGUUUUCCUUUGUCGACAGAAUACAGUUACAUGUUCUUUAACAGAUUACAAAAUGACUUUAUGAAAACUGGUUUGACACACUGUGAUAAAGCAAGACCAGAUUAAUGUUUUUCAAGUCCUAAUUACAUAUGUUGGUUUUAUGUCUUAUGCCUAAUGUAUAAUUAGGUUGUGCAUGCUGCUCUGGUAGAAUCUCUCUUAUCACACAUAUCUGUUGCCUUUGAACCUUCCUUGUUAGAGAUUAUGGGUUUUUUUGCUAAAAUUGAUCAGGGAUUAUUUUGUGUGUUGCGCACCUGUUAAUCUGAGGGAUGAAUUACAAAGUAAGAAAGAGGUAAUAAGACAAGCUUUCAAUGUCACAACCACCAGUGCCUCUUUUUAAUCUGUGUACGAAACCACGAUUAUUUCAGGAAGAAAUGUUGCUUGGUUAUAGAUUCAAUUACAAGGAAUUACUUCACUGUGGUUAUAUUUUUAAAUGCUGUAUUUUCAACCGUACUGAGCCAUUUUGAUUCUUCAAAAUAAAAGGCACGUGAACCUAUGAUCAACCAUAUAUAUAUAUAUAUAUAUAUAUAUAUAUACGAACAGAUUAGAAAAUAUAUUUUAAACAAAUUCAUACUGAUUGCACAUUCCCAUCAUUCUCCCUUUACUUUGUUUCUGUAUUGAGUUUAGCUAUUGCUGUUGGAUAGAAACUAUUUUUGUAUCUACAAGUCCUUGCUUUAAGUAAUUUGUACUGCUGCUUGAAUAACCCUUCAAACAGAGCGUUACCCGGAUGAGAAGUGUCCUUUAUGAUGUUAUGGGCUUUUUGGAGACAGCAGGAACUGUGAAAUCAGUCAAGUGUUGGGGAAAGGGCAGACAACACAAUUUUGGGCCGCUUUAAUGACCCUGUAGAGUGCUUUCCUCUGAGCCACAGUUAGUGUACUCCACACAGAUGCAGUAGGUCAUGAUAAAAGGACACCAGGACCCUCUUUUUGGGACCUGACAGGAAGCUGAAUCCACAUGCAGGUGGAGUGUGGCAAUCCAAUGUCCCUCAGUUUUUCCACCAGUCUGUGGGAAAUGGUUGUAUUGAAUGAUGAGCUAUAGUUCACAAAAUCCAGCUGCACAUAGCUGCCCUGCUGUUCUAGACGGGACAGGGCAGCAUCGAGGACUAUGGCUACUGCAUCUUAAGUGGAUCUAUUAGCCCUGUAGGCAAACUGGUGGGGGUCAAAACCUUUGGGGAGUGUAUGAUGUGAGCCCAUAUCAGAUGUUUAAAGCGUUUCAUGACCACUGGUGAAUUAUUCUGAGUAAAUUACCCAGUAAGUCUUUCAGCACUUGACGACACUCGAGUGUGUAUGGAGCAUUAAGCUCUAGCUCAAGAUGGCCAGGUGAUGAUUAGAUAUGGAAAAAAAAGAAAUGUCUAGACACUAACUUCAGCUGUCUUUACUCAUUGGCACACUAAUUUUGAUACACUUCCUCUCAAUUCGAUCACAAUAUAUAUAAGGGGGUGCAUCAUCAGCAAUAUACAGUACAUGAGAGACAUGAUUGGACUUGAUGUAGGGUGAAAUGCUAUUCAUAUCUACAAGUUUGGAAACACAUAGUUACUAUAACAUAACUGGAAAGAUAAAAAAUAAAAAAAGCGGUGCAACAGCAGCUUAACUUGUGCACUGAACUUCAUUCUUGAGCAGCACAGAUAUUGUGUGAAGAUGAAUGUUUAGGAGCCUAGAUUUGCAACCGUCUUGUCAGAAAUAGGACAUCAUUUUGUUGUGCAUUAUUAUGUGAAGGGAAUGUUUACAUUUUGAAAUCACACUUUUACCAAUAAUCAUCUGUUGUCUUGUCUGUAAAAUAGUUGAAAUGAAACCACCUUAUUAAAACGUUAUGAGAUAAAACCAUUAAAAAACACUAUUUCCUCUAAUGGA